ACUUACACUAGUUAAUGAAACAGGGAUGUCAGAUAGUGGCACAAGUUUCAACGACAGCUCAUGUAUGCAGCAGCGGCCGACGCCGCAGAAAGUAAAAAAGAAGCGACGGAAGAAGUCGGCGGCUGUGGGGAGCAACAACCAGGUGGACAGCACGAUAAAUGCAGCAGACACUAGCGAAGCGGAUGGGAAGUUGGCUGAAAACAACACAAUCGAGGGAGGUGGCGCCGCCGUUGGCGGCAGCAAACGCAGAAGCUACAAAACAGAUUUGAAGCCGGGCUCAGCGAAAGGAAACAGGAAAAACUCCAGUCCGUCAGUGGCGGCAUCAAAGAAAGGAAACGAGAAGUCACAAAAAUACAAAAACAAAGACGGCUACCAAAAGAAAAAUGUGGAACCUUUGGAUUUAAGCGAUAUCACAGGAUUGAGCGGAAUCGACGUGGCCAAGAAGGAGACUUCAUUCCAGCAGGAGCCUCAAGUUCUGAUAACGAAUUUGAAUGCAAGCAAGAUAACGCCCAGCUUCACGAAGAGCAGAAGACUACAGAAGAAGGAUGAGAAGUCAAUAAGUCAUACUGAGUUCAGCGAACCAA